AAGAUGAUGGUCACGGUCGUCCUUGUCUAUACCCUGUGUUGGCUCCCUUUCAAUGCUCUAAUGGUUGUACGGGAGGUCCACAACAUCGACGGUUGGGCUUACAUCAGGUACCUGUGGGCCCUUUUCCACUGGCUGGCCAUGUCCCACACCUGCUACAACCCCGUCAUUCUGUGCUGGAUGAGCAAUAAGUUCCGCUCGGGCUUCUGCAACGUGGCCUACAUGCUUCCGUGUCUCCGUAGGUACGUGGACACCUGGUUCUUCUCACAGGAACCAGAGCUCAUCCGCGUCAACACCUACACCAACUACUCAAGGGGAACGAGCUCGAGGCUGGUGACCAUCUCCCUGAAGGACGACACCAUCAUCUUCAAGAGCCGGAACAUGAACGGCCAUAACGGUGCCCCGGCCUACAACUGCCGCAAGUUCCUGCAGAUGCUGGAGGAGACGAGUAGCGAGUCACCCUUGUGAGACGAGGAGAAGGAGGCGGUGGAGAUGAAGUCGCGAGACCGCCUGUGGGAGAGACGCAAGAUUUACACCGUCGGGGAGAACGUGCCCUUUGGAGAGGGGCCGGAGAUCGUUAACACAGAGGACGUGCAGCUGUGGGGGGAUUGUGCGCUAUGAUGGCAGACCCCAUGUUGCAAGAGAGAGACUCCGUGUAGGCAAGGAGACAGGCUAUUCUGGCAAAACCCUUCAUUGCAAAGAGGAAGCACCAUGAGGAAAAUAUUCCAUACUACAACACUGAUAUAAGGUUGGCUUACGGUGCUCGGAAAACUUAUUUCGAGUUAAGAAUGGUAAAUGAAAAACAAAAAACAAACAAAAAAAAACACAAAAAAAGAACACUGUACAUACUAUCGACAUUCGUGUUUCAAUAUUGCCCCUCGUUACGAAGCAUAAACUGAGUACAUGGUUAUAUUAUUGAUAAUACGCAAGAGUCGUCCAUUCACUGAACUCGAAAGAAAGUGAAAGAUCUCGACAAAAGUAUUACCAAUUUUGUGGUCUAUCAUUAAGACAGUGAUGCCAGAAGAGAGAGAGAGAGAAAAAAAAAAACAAGGAACAGUUUCUUUGAAGAUACAUGAACACAUGCAAACUUAGUGACGUUACCAAAGCAUAUAAUAUAUAAAAUAGGAAAAUAAUAGAGAAAAUUUGCUCAAGUGUUUUUUAUAAAGUGAUAAUCAUAAGCAUACGCACAAACACGCAGACUUAGCAGUUAGCGUUUAUAAAUAUUUCGAACUUUUUUGCAUAUUUAAAAAAACAAAAAACAAAAAACAAAAAAAUCUCAAUAAAUCAAGAAAAAAUAUAAAACAUAGAAUGUGAAAACAAAUUAUAGAAAAUAUAAACUUUUCUGUAUUCCAAAAGAUCACCACAAUUUCUGUGAAUAACCGUGACUUUUUUGUAGUUCACAAAAAAAAAGAAAAAAACAAAAAGAGAACGAAGGAAACGAAAUACAGAAACUGAAAGGAGAAAAAUUAAAUAAACUUUUACAUCAACGUAAUUCUAAAUCAAUGUCCAUUUAUAUAUGUGUGUAGUUGUUUGAGAAUGCGGCCUCUUUCAGUUCUUCCACGUAUCAUCUGUAACUUUUAAAAUAAAGACUUUGUAACUUUUUGAUGUGUAAUAAAGUUAAAAAAAAAAAAAAAAAAAAGAGAGAGAGAAAUUGUCCUAUAUAUUUGACUCAAAUAAUCUCCGUAAUGCUGUUUAUUUAUUUAUUUAUUUUCAUUCAGUGUUUUUUAUUUUCGCUCAUUUCUCAUAGCUUUGUAUUGGUGUGCUUACUGGGAUGAACACAAGGGGAGAACAAGGUUUAUUGUACGGACAUGCCUGUCAGCUAAUACUGUGACGGAAACACACACACACACACACACAUACACACGCACACACGCGCACACGCACACACACACACACACACACAAACAAGUUAAGUUAACAAUACAAUACACGUAAAAAAAAUAAUGAUUAUAUGAUUGUGUAUAGAAAGUUACUGAAGAAAUGUUAUGCUCUACUUAAACUUUACCUUUACUUACUAGUGUUGACAGUUACAACAAAAAUAAAAGAAAUGACGAAAUGAUACUGGGAAUAAUACCAAUAACAACAAUA